GCGUCCCAAACAUACACUUUAUGGUCUCAAAGUCUUUCCGCUUAGCAUUUGUGCAGACACGAUAAUUGUCCUCCCCGUUUUCCGGUUGAAACAGGAAGUUGUUUCUUGUUUACAUGCUAUGGGGUGUUGCUAACUGACGAACAAAAACGCUACGCGUUUUAUCCAAAAAUGAGAGCUGACAGUUGAUUACGUUUGGGUAUUAAUUACAUUUUUAGCUGUAUCAUCUUUCUGUUGUUCCACGGGGCAUGGCUUCAGCCACCUGCUGGUGCUGUCUCUGGGUAACGUUACCGCUCCUGCUGCGGUGGACGCCGGGGCUGCUGGUUGCGGCGGAGCAGGUCGCUCUGGUAGAGGUUUUCCUGGACGAGCCGCCCAGCGUCAGCGCUCUCCUCCAGGGGGAGGUGGUGGAGUCCAGCAAGGGCAGUAAGAGCACCGAGCCUCGGGACGAGGAACGAGAAGAGCUGGAGGGAGACCUGAUCCUGGUUCAGGACGUGGAGCCGCAGGUGAACACAGAAAAAGGCAAGGACUGUUCCAAAGAGCAGGAGCCGUGGAUCGGGGUGGUUCCUGUUGAGAUGGAUGACAGCAAAGCCUCCACUGGAAACCAGGAGUCUUUUGCCGAUGCUAUGGUCAGUAAGAUGAAGCGAGCCUUGUUCCUCGGAGCAUCGGCGCUGAUCAUUCUGGCUCUCAACCAAAACACCGUCAGUGAGGCUAAACAUCUGGCUCUGCUGUUGCAGAUGGAUCUCUCUCAGGUGCUGUCCAAGCCCAUCAUUGUGAUCCAGACCUCUGAAAAUGUCACCAAGCUGAUUGGAGCUUUGCUCAGGGGCCUUCAGGUGACAGCAAGAAUCACUUAUAAGACAAUCCUGCAGGACAACCUGGGAGCCACGCUCACGCUGUGGUCCAGCUGCGGUCGAUCGAGAGGAGGGCGCUAUGGGGAGUGGCAGGGGGUCAUCUGUACGGGAGAGACCAACUCUCAGGUCCAGAAGUACCUACAGCAGCUGUGGGACACCGUCCUCUUGGUGGCUUUGAUCCUCAGCACAGGAGUCAUCGUCCAGGCUCGCUGGCAGAACCAGGGCCGCCAGCUCAACGACGACUUGGAGCUUCUUCCUAAACAGGAUGUUCUGAAGAGAAUGUCAUCCCUGAAGACCAAAAGGUAUCGUCGGCCCAAACCCUGGUGUGACCCGUCGCAGCCGGUAGAGACGGACAACUGUGCCGUGUGUCUGGAGCCGUUUAACAACAACCAGUGUCUGCGGGUGCUGCCGUGUCUCCACGAGUACCACAGAGAUUGUGUUGACCCCUGGCUGCUCCUGCAACACACCUGUCCUCUGUGCAAGCGCAGCAUCCUCAGCAGCGUCUGCAAAGACAGCUAACGGUUGCCUCACCUCCACAGCUCUGGGAAUCAACGCUCGUCCUCAGUGACACUCAAGUAGCAAUUUUAUAUUUUUACGGACCUCACCGCUUCCUCCUUCCAGCAAUGGAUUGUGGGAGCAAACACAAACUUCUGACAGCAGCUGACCAGCCCCCUGAACUGCAGAGCAGUCAGAUUUUGACCACUGACCUUCAGCUGGGUCUAAGACAAAGUGGUAGUAUAAACAAUACUAGAAAGUACUGUACCAGUACUGUUGUGUGUGUGUGUGUGAACAGUACUCCUUCCUGGAAUCAUGUUAUUUGUUCAGUUAUGGAAACAUUUGUUUGCAUGUGUGAUCACAGGAGUGAAGAUGUGACUCUUCACACAGUCUCCUUCUGCUGUUUCUCUGCAAACCUUUGGCUUUUAUUUGGUAAAUGCUGAAAAGUCCCAAGUCCUUUCUGGUUCACUUUAGGUCCAGAUGUUGUCAAGACCCAACUUUUCAUUUGUAUAACUGCAAGUUUAAAUGUGUCUGACUUGAAUCUAGGUUCCAGACUCAUGCCCUGCAGUUAAUUGUUAACUGUAGAGCAGAGUGUAAGGAUCCCCAGCCACAAACCCCCUUCCUGAAUUUUACUUAAAAACUCAAGUUGUAUAUGUUACAGUAGGACCGUUUUGUUUGUUAGUGAUAUUAAACAGGUAUUUUAGUUGUCUGUGGCUUCAGUUCAGCUGAAUUUACCGCUUUUUAAUUUUCAUCUGCUUCUUUCUAUUGAGAAGGUCUGUGUGAAGAAGUCGAUCUGUUCUGCUCUAAGCGUUUGACAUACUUAGACCAGAACUGUCCCAACAAGAGGCCCUCCCACACGCCAUGUGAAAAACCUGUCCUCUGCUCCUGACGCACAGUUCCACGGGUAAUCCUAAAAGUCCAAUUUCACUUUUGUACUUGAACAUCUUGGAUGUUGUGAAAAGUAUCUGCUAAUUUUCUAUCUAAAAGGAAAAAUUCAGCAUUUUGGGAAAUAUGCUCAUUCACCUUCUUGCCUAGAGUUAGAUGAGAAGCACAUCCAGUUACCUCAACGUAGCAUAAAGACCAGAAACUGGGAAAACUACGAGCCUGGCUCUGUCCAUAGUUAACUUCUGUGACAUAAGUCCACACAAAAACUAAACUGUAACAACAGCAAUAACACAGUUUUACAUUAUAUAUAUAGACUACUUCACCUCAACUGUGAUGACCAAACUCCAUAGGUCUGUAAAACCAGUCUUCAGUUU